CACAGGGCUAGGUUUGAAUUUUAAAUAUCAGGCUCAGGUCAAAGGAUUUAUACCUUAAACAGUCAGGACUGGCUUAUGAGAUUUUACCGUCGGAGGCAGAACAGCAAAUGUUGCCCACCCCAUUCCACAAGUAAAGAGGCAUAAUAUUCAAGCCUAGCUAAGAUACUUAACAACUUGGGAUGGGGCUACCAAAAAAUACAACUUUAUACCCCUGCCCAGCCACUACAAUGCAUGGUAGAGCGUCUCCUGUUGGUGCCAAAGGUUUUGGCUCUUCUCCUUGCGUCUACCAGUAGCAAGGCUUUCAGUGUUGCGGCCCCUUUAAUGUGGAAUUUAUUCCCAUCUAAGAUACGGCAUGCCCCUACUGAGUGCCAUUUCAGAUUCAUGCUUAACUCUUAUUAUAUACACAAGCCUUUUCUGACUGAACAUUUUAAUUAAUGACUGUUGAUCAUCUUCUGGCGUUGUAUUGUUAUUUUAACUUCAUUACUUCUGGUGAGUGUUUUAUACUUAUUUUUCAUUUUCUGUACAUUUCUGAUACUUUAUAAUGUUUAUAAAUCUUUUAAAAUAAAAUAAAAUAAAAUACUUCUGGGCUGAAGCCAUGACACUUUGUACAGCACCUUACAAACACUGUUAGACAAAAUCAGUAUUAUUUAACAGUGCCUUGUGGGCACAGAACAGAUUUGCAAAAGAAUAGCUGUGUCUCUGAACUAAAAAGACCAUUUACUCUCACUCUGUGGCAUGAACGGGGCAUCGGUUUUUGCUGCUUCUAAAAGAUAGUUCACGCCCCCACCAAUGCGGCCAUCUUGAGUGCACAAUGUGGCAUUGCGCUUAUGUACUGUGUACUAUGGGAAGUGAGUUGUGUGUGCACAUAAUCUAUCUUGGCCUGGUCACGACUAGAGCAGGAGUGAGGAAUCUGUGGCCUGGCAGCCAGAAGGGGAACUUCAGGCUGAGGGCAAAGGCAUCCCUCUAGUCUCCUCUAUAUGGCUCUCAGGAUUCUCCCAGUCUCUGCCUUCUCCUUGCUUUUGUCUGGCUGAAGUGCAUCCUUCAACUGGGAUAAUGCUGUGCAUUGUGUGUGUGUGUGUGUGUGUGUGCGCGCGCGCGUGUGUAGCAGCCACUAGAAGGCAGCCUACUGUACAAAGGUAGGCGUCACCUCCAUUAUUCCACUUACCUUUGUCUCUGAGGAGCUCCUGGGGAGAAUGUGGCCCUUGAGAUAAAAUUGGUUCCCUAUCACUGCUAGAGGGUGGCAGGGCAGGGUGGGAGAUCCUGGACACCCCCUGCCCCCAAGGUUAAUGAGAAGCUCACUGAGACAAUUGGAAGAUACCGGACAUUCAGUAACCCCCCCCCCAAAAAAAAGCUUUAAUGAGAACCUAGAAGAAGGAACAAGAAAGACCCUCACUGUCACCUUGUGAGUCAGAUCAAAACCAGCCAACACACUUUGCAUUUCACAGAAGUAUUUGUAAGGGCAGCCUCGCAGCUGAACAACAGUCCUAGGAUUAUUCAUACGACUUGCUUGAAUUAUUAUGAAUAAUGAGUAAAUCUGAAAACAUGGCAACAUUUGCAUAGACCACAGUUCCCAAGAGACAAUUAUGAUGGGGAGAAAAGCUUUCCCCCUCUCACCUCUGUUCAGUUCUUUGCAUGUCACUGCAUCCCUUCCAGAUAGUGGACUUAAUCAUCCGUUUUACAUUUGGCAAAUAUGCAUAUAGUAAAACUCAUAUAUUUUAGAGACAAUUAUGCAUUAAAGGAACAGUAAGUAAAGUCUCAUUUUAGUGACCACAAAUGAGAACUGAAAAAUAAAUACUACUUGUUAAAGGUGAAAGAUUUAUAUGAUCUGAAGAGAAACCAGAGUAUAAAUACUGCUUGUUUUUUUUUUAAAUGAUAUUUAUUAAAGUUUCAAAAAAAUACAAAAUACAGAAAAAAGAGUAAAGUUUUUAAAAUAUAACAAAAAAGUAAAGAAUAAAAAGGAAACAUACAAAAUAAAACAGUUAAAAAGACAUUAAUUUUCCAAACCUAUCUUCCCUACACUUAUUUCCCCGGACCUCCUCAUACCUCCCUUUUUUGUAUUCCAGUUCAGUUUGUUAGUUCAGCAAAUCCUUACCAUUAAACUUUUACCCAAUUGUAAACCUUUUUCAUAUCUCUUAAAGCAUUACAGCUAAAAACCUCUUAGUUUCUAUCCAACAUCCUUCUAAGAUUCCUUAAUUUUACAAUAUUUCUGUAAAUAGUCUUUAAAUUUCUUCCAGUCUUCUUUCACCGACUCUUCUCCCUGGUCUCGGAUUCUGCCAGUCAUUUCCGCCAUAUAAAUACUGCUUGUUAAGUCCUCACCAUCUGUUCAGGGCACAAUAGGCUGUAUGCGUGUUCAGAAGUCUGGACACAAUCCAGUCCCAAUUUCAGUCCCAUGGAUUUUCAAGCUCAUUUCUAAACCAUUUGUAUUGAACAACUCUUAAAAUAUGCUUAACUGUGGCUUCAUUAGGCCCUAUAUUUUACAAAAAGAAAAUAAGAGAAAAGUUUUGACUGUCUCAAAAACCAAAUCAUAGCUCCAGGAUACUGGAUAGAUCAAUAUAUAUCCUACACUUUCUAUGGCCACCAGAGUUCAAUAUGUAUUCUAAAUGGAAAUAUAGCCAUAUUAUCAGUAAUUUACAUUUGUAGCACACAUGUUCAGUUUAAGAUGCACUAGUUGAACAACAGUCUUUGAAAUUUUAAGAAGCAGCUCUUGAAUCGUGUACAUAAUGCCUGAUAGAAGAUAGAAGAUGGAAGCUAUUUCAGAAACAAAUCUAUUUGUGAUCGCAAGAUUCCAAAUAGGAAAGACCUAAUUUCAUUUCUUUGAUCAUCUGGUCUAGUGCUUACAUUUGCUUUGCUGUGUAAAGUCCAACUAUGAUUUCUUUUGAGUUGUUCUGGUUUCUUUUUUCAGCUUGUGGUUCUCGUUAGGCAUCUGCAGUGGCACAAGUGGGUUCUCCACCCAGCUGAGUCAUCAGCCUGACCUCCCUUACCUACACCCCAAAAGCAGGGCUAGAAACUGAGAUAUGAAAGAAAGCUAGGAGCUAAAUGGCACCUUAACCUGGGUUAUGGGCACAACUACGGAAUGUCUAGGUUCACUUUUUAAAUAACAAGAAUAUAAAGCUGAAAAUGAACUGCAGCUAAAAUACUAUGUUCAUUUUUCACUUGUCCUUCCCCUGCCCACCCCCCUAAUAUUCUUAAGAGGGUCUCUUCUCCAGUCUUCAGAAAGUAGCUGGAAGUGGGGAGGCAGAAAAAGGUCCUCCUUUCCUUCCACUUUGCAGUUUUAAUCUGAAAUCUUAGGUGCAAUACUGCACCCAGAACUCAGAAACUAACGCUAAUUAAAUUCCCUGUUGCAAAAUGCGCCUAGAACAAUGGGAGUUUUGAACACUGCCCAAAAGCCUUCCUUUGAGAUUCUGCAGUGUGUUGAGGACUGCCUGUAUGUUUCACUUUCUUAACAGCUUUACCUGUUUUCUCUCCAUCUUUCCUUGGCUCCAAGGUAGCCACCUGCUCUGUUCAACUCGGCUACUCAAAGUGGAUUUCAACUGCCUUCUAACCCAUCCAAACUUUUUGAAAGCUUUGCUUUUGAACAGGUAGGAAUCUAUUAGCAUCACCGCAAGCAUUUGGGGACCACUGAAAUUGGCUAGGAAACAUAUCCUUUUUAAUUUCCAUAUAUUUGCGAGUUUAACAAGAUGACUUCUGGUUGCAGUGACCUCGCCAUGGAAAUACUGCUGCAAGUCAUACUGCUGUUUUCUGAAACGUGAAAAAUCCCCCCCCCCCGUCUAGUCUUGACUUGCCCUACAACUCUAGGCAUUAACAGGGAACAAUGGAUAUUGAAAACCAUUAGGCUGCUCUCAGGUUCUGUUGGAAUAUACAUAUAUUGAUUCCCAUCCAGCUGGAAGGUAGUUGAAACCAGUUUUGCUUGAGAGAAUGUACACAAGAAGAGCUCAAACCUUCGGGGUCCCUUCCAACUCUACAAUUCUAUGAAAAGCAAAUGCUUUGGGAUUUGGCCUGGGAUAUUGUUUAAUAUCCCAGGAUUGGAAUGCUAAAGUAGGGAGUCAAGAGAUAAAAGGAACAACUGGCAAGUUUGGCCUUGGAGUUCAAAACGAAGCAGGGCAAAGGCUAAUAGAGUUCUGCCAAGAGAAUAAGCUGGUCAUCACAAACACGCUUUUCCAACAACACAAGAGACGACUCUACACAUGGACAUCACCAGAUGGGCAGCAUCGAAAUCAGAUUGAUUAUAUUCUCUGCAGCCAAAGAUGGAGAAGCUCUAUACAGUCAGCAAAAACAAGACCUGGAGCUGACUGUGGCUCAGAUCAUCAGCUUCUUAUAGCAAAAUUCAAGCUUAAACUGAAGAAAGUAGGAAAACCACUGGGCCGGUAAGAUACAAUCUAAGUCAAAUCCCUUAUGAAUACACAGUGGAAGUGAGGAACAGGUUUAAGGAUUUAGAUUUGGUGGACAGAGUGCCUGAAGAACUAUGGAUGGAGGUUCGUAACAUUAUACAGUAGGCAGCAACUAAAACCAUCCUAAUGAAAAGGAAAUGCAAGAAAGCAAAGUGGCUGUCCAACGAGGCCUUACAAAUAGCAGGGGAGAGAAGGCAAGCAAAAUGCGAGGGAGAUAGUGAAAGAUACAGGAAAUUGAAUGCAGAUUUCCAAAAAAUAGCAAGGAGAGACAAGAAGGCCUUCUUAAACGAGCAAUGCAAAGAAAUAGAGGAAAACAAUAGAAUGGGAAGAACCAGAGAUCUGUUCAAGAAAAUUGGAGAUAUGAAAGGAACAUUUCGUUCAAAGAUUGCCAUAAUAAAAGACAAAAAUGGAAAGGACCUAACAGAAGCAGAAGACAUCAAGAAGAGGUGGCAAGAAUACACAGAGGAAUUAUACCAGAAAGAUAUGGAUGUCUCGUACACCCCAGGUAGUGUGGUUGCUGACCUUGAGCCAGACAUCCUGGAGAGUGAAGUCAAAUGGGCCUUAGAAAGCACUGCUAAUAACAAGGCCAGUGGAAGUGACGAUAUUCCAGCUGAACUAUUUAAAAUUUUAAACGAUGAUGCUGUUAAGGUGCUACACUCAAUAUGCCACCAAAUUUGGAAAACUCAGCAGUGGCCAGAGGAUUGGAGAAGAUCAGUCUACAUCCCAAUCCCAAAGAAGGGCAGUGCCAAAGAAUGCUCCAACCACCGCACAAUUGCACUCAUUUCACAUGCUAGCAAGGUUAUGCUUAAAAUUCUACAAGGCAGGCUUAAGCAGUAUGUGGACCGAGAACUCCCAGAAGUGCAAGAUGGAUUUUGUAGGGGCAGAGGAACCAGAGACCAAAUUGCAAACAUGCGCUGGAUUAUGGAGAAAGCUAGAGAGUUCCAGAAAGACAUCUACUUCUGCUUCAUUGACUAUGCAAAAGCCUUUGACUGUGUCGACCACAGCAAACUAUGGCAAGUUCUUAAAGAAAUGGGAGUGCCUGAUCACCUCAUCUGUCUCCUGAGAAAUCUCUAUGUGGGACAGGAAGCUACAGUUAGAACUGGAUAUGGAGCAACUGACUGGUUCAAAAUUGGGAAAGGAGUACGGCAAGGCUGUAUAUUGUCUCCCUGCUUAUUUAACUUAUAUGCAGAAUUCAUUAUGCGAAAGGCUGGGCUGGAUGAAUCCCAAGCCGGAAUUAAGAUUGCCGGAAGAAAUAUCAACAACCUCAGAUAUGCAGAUGACACAACCUUGAUGGCAGAAAGUGAGGGGAAUUAAAGAACCUUUUAAUGAGGGUGAAAGAGGAGAGUGCAAAAUAUGGUCUGAAGCUCAACAUCAAAAAAAACGAAGAUCAUGGCCACUGGUCCCAUCACCUCCUGGCAAAUAGAAGGGGAAGAAAUGGAGGCAGUGAGAGAUUUUACUUUCUUGGGCUCCAUGAUCACUGCAGAUGGUGACAGCAGUCACGAAAUUAAAAGACGCCUGCUCCUUGGGAGAAAGGCGAUGGCAAACCUAGACAGCAUCUUAAAAAGCAGAGACAUCACCUUGCCAACAAAGGUCCGUAUAGUUAAAGCCAUGGUUUUCCCGGUAGUGAUGUAUGGAAGUGAGAGCUGGACCAUAAAGAAGGCUGAUCGCCGAAGAAUUGAUGCUUUUGAAUUAUGGUGCUGGAGGAGACUCUUGAGAGUCCCAUGGACUGCAAGAAGAUCAAACGCAUCCAUUCGUAAGGAAAUCAGCCCUGAGUGCUCACUGGAAGGACAGAUCAUGAAGCUGAGGCUCCAAUACUUUGGCCACCUCAUGAGAAGAGAAGACUCCCUGGAAAAGACCCUGAUGUUGGGAAAGAUUGAGGGCACAAGGAGAAGGGGACGACAGAGGACGAGAUGGUUGGACAGUGUCCUCGAAGCUACAAACAUGAGUCUGACCAAACUGCGGGAGGCAGUGGAAGACAGGAGUGCCUGGCGUGCUCUGGUCCAUGGGGUCACGAAGAGUCGGACACGACUAAACGACUAAACAACAACAAAUUGUUUAAGAGAAGAAUGGGGAAGCUAUGGCGCUAUAGAAGCUAUUGGACCAAAGCUUCCAGCAUCCCUGACCCCCGGCCUAGCUGGAUGGGGCUGAUGGGAAUUGGAGUUGAAUGCUGUAGGACAGGCAUAGGCCAACUCGGCCCGCCAGAUGUUUUGGGACUACAACUCCAAUCAUCCCUGACCACUUGUCCUGUUAGGUAGGGAUGAUGGGAAUUGUAGUCCCAAAACAUCUGGAGGGCUGAGUUUGCCUAUGCCUGCUGUAGGACCACAGGCUCCCUAUUAAUGGUGUAGGGCUUUGUGUGCUGGAAUUACAUUGCCUUGGGUGGAGGGCCUGUGUGCAUGCUUCUGCAGCCCAAUUUUAUAGUCUAUACAUUUAUAGAGAAGCAGAUUAUUACAAAAUGUGAUAACUUCCCUAUGCUUUCUCCUCCCCCCAAAUGAAAGAAAGAAAGAAAGAAAGAAAAGAAAAGAAAAGAAAAGAAAAGAAAAGAAAAGAAAAGAAAAGAAAAGAAAAGAAAAGACCAUGUAAAGCAAGGAUGAGAAACCUGUCGCUCUCCAAAGGUUUCUGGAGUAAACUCCAACUAGCAUGGCCAAUGACAAGGGAUGGUUGGGAUUAUAGUGCAACAGCAUCUGAAAUGCCACAGGUACACCAUUCAUGGUGUAAAGCUGUGAACUUUCUUCAGCUUGGGGAAGUGCAAAACAUUAACUUCUGACUGAUGAGAAAUUACGGAGGCAGUGCUAUGGCGUUUUGCUUUCUUUUGGAUUAGAGUGCACUGCAGACUUGCAUUUCUUUCUUUUUAAAAGUUCUUUAUUUUAUUUUGACAAAGUAAUAAUCAUAAAUAAAUAAGAAUAAAAAUGUGCACCCCACCACCAAUACCAUUCCAUUAUAAUUAUCCAACCUCCCAAAAUUUCAACACCUCUUGCCAUGGUUUGAACCCUUUCCGUUUUAACAGUAUAAAUUCUACAAACACCCUCCAUAUCUACUCAAAAUCAUUUCGCAUGCAUACAGUGGCGGAGAGCAGGCAAGGGUGGGGCUGGCACACAUCCUGGGGGCGGGGCACGCCACCUGCGGGGUGGGGCGUCCUGGGGGUGGGGGGCAGCCACAAUGGCACCCUGCCGGGAUCGUGCUGCCAGGGGCGGUGCGCUCCCCCUCCACUCCUCUUUCUCUUCCUCUGCCAGUGCCUGCAUAUUCCCCCAUCUUGCCUUGAUGGCACGUGUUAAUAGCUAUAUUCCACACCUCUUUAUACCAUUCUUCCAUUUCAUAUUCUGCUUGCCCCUUCCACUUCCUAGCUAUAAUAAUUUGUGCAGCUGUCAAUAAAUUUGUGAGCAGGCCUUUCAUAGCCUGCAAACCUUCCACCCCAUCGUAAACUGAUAAUGAUGCUGUCAGGAGCUCAUCCUACACUCGAGUAGGACCCUGGCAGAGAUACAUGCUCAACUGGCAUGUUCUCUCCCUCCUGGUCAGGAGCUUCAUUAGCUUUCUUCAGCCCAAACAUCACAGCGACCAAUGCCAACAGACACCGGCACACUUAGGGAUCCACAGAGUCUUCGCAGCUUGCGUAACAGACCUCAGCAUUUUGGUUAAUCUACAUAUAAACACACACGGAGCACUGCAACAUGGCUCCCUCUCUCUCUAGCAUCAGAUAGCAAAGAGAAAGAACAAAGGACAAUAGUCCCCCUUCACGGAACACAGUAACACAAACAUUCUCUCUCCGUCACUUUCCACUCUGUGGAGUCAAAACACACACAGUCAUGUGAUAGAUAAAAAUCCCAUGACUGCAAUCAUGGAGCAGGAAUUCUAACAGAUCCUACUUCUGGACUUUUUGACAGCUUUAACCCAGUGAUUUCUGUUAUCUCCCUUAAACACCAGACUUGUAUUUCUGUCAUAUUUGCUUUUACUUACAAAUAUAUAAGCAGGACAAAGUGGAAAGUGAAUGAAUUCUCUCACAGCAGGCACCAGAUCCCCAGAGAAAUCUCCUACAUCUCAAUAUUCUUUACCUUCAGCCAGUUCACAGCUCCCCCAGGAUACACACUGUCUUGUUCUCUCUAAAUUCAAACUGCCUUUACCUCUUUCUCUGUCUUCUCCUCACAGAUGCAUAUCCCAUUCCAAAUAUUGGAUAGAGAUUUCUAGUUACCAUUUUGGGUCAUAGUUCCCACUGAUCAACCCAUCACUCUGGAUUACUAGGUAACAACCACACUAACAGAGGAUGGUUAGUCAGCAUCCAUGGCAGUAUACAUGCAAAAACAAGCCCCUUUUAACCUUGUUUUAAGUGAGCUAAAUACAUCCAGAUGCUUAAGCCUCUCAAUGAAAGGCUUGGGGGGGGGGGUAUUUUUAAAUCAUGCCUACAUCCCCAAUACCCUCUUGAUAUGUAUUUGAGCUAUGUAUGAAUCCACUGCUAAACCAGGAAUUGAGAGUAGUGAUAAGGAGACUCGGUGGAGAUAACACACUUUUAUGAAGCCUGAAGCUGCGCCUGGACAGAUGUAGAUUGUAUUGUAUCUACCUUGGCCAGAGUCUCUUGGGCUCUGCCUCAUUCAUUUAGAAAGUUCAGCAGCACUGCUCUGUCUUGGCAGUGGGAAAUAAAGCCUUUUGGAUGGGAAUCCGAAAUGUAGGCUACUUUCCAAUUACAGCCAAAAGCCAUCCCUGGAGCUUCAGCAUGGCCUGUGCUGUAAGGGCUGCUAAGAGCUUGUUUGUUUCUUCAGUCCAAUUAAGCAACAGCUCUUGAUUUUAGAAAUGAAUAAAUGAAACACUUCAUCAUCUGUGUGAGCGCUUGUCUUUGGUAUCUACUGGCAAGGGUCUUCCAUUUGCCCGGGAACAGACUGAAAGGAGACCAUGAGAUCUUUUGAGAUUCAGAAGUUCAAUUUACUCUUAAUUGUUUAAGUUGCUUUUUAUAUAACUGUUGUGCUGAGCUAUGGGAUGUUUUUAGUUUUAUUGGAAAGAGGUGUUUGAAUGUUUGUAUUUUAUCUGUUUAUGUAAACAGCUUGUCCUGAAAUGUAGAAUUUUAUCCUGAAAGGAUAGAAUUUUUUAAAUAAAUUAAAAUAUGGGAUGGGGUUAAAAGGAGAAGAAUGUAAAUAUCUUAAGAUCAUUCUAUUUAGGAAGGAUUUUUUUAAUCACACUUGCACAAAGAAUACCUGUACAAAUGUCUCUGAAUUGAACCGGGGGUGACCUAGGUGACUCCCGAAGUCCUUUCCAACUCUAAAUCUGUUUUGAUGAUUGAUUUAUAGUAUUUUAUAGUAUGUUUUGUGACAUCAUUUGUUGCGUUAAUAUGCUGCUCACCGCUUUGGGGGACUGUGGGCCUAAAAAUGAUAUAUAAAUAUAUCUAUAAAAUAGCACAAUAUAAUCCUUGAGACAGCCAUUUUAUAAUGCGCCUGCUGAGUAUUGCUCACGUUCCUCUUAUUAUGGUUGGAUAGGACUCUUUAAGCUGAGCACUGUGGGUAACUGCCAUUUGGGGGGGGAUAUGGCACCCAGAUUCUUCUCUGAAGAGUGUUGCUUCUUCCUCUCUUAGAAAAUCGCGCAGGCCAGGUGCACCAGCUCUGGGGCCAACAUGUCUCUUGUCCCCUCAAUCUUUGUCAUAAGGGGGUUUGGCCACCUCAAUGCUGAGGGGGCCUGGUGCGCGUUAUGCACAUUGCAAGUUGCAUGUCACAGCUUCACAACCAGCUCCUACAGAGCGCUCAGCCUUUUCCAGAUGACGCAACAUCAUUUGCAUGCAACGCAUGUGGCAUUACACAUGCACAAUGUGAGUCACUCACUUGACGCUAUGCGCACACAACGUGUGCCCUCACCCCAAUAUUGGGGGCAGCCUGGCACUUCUAGGUCAGGCCAUGAUGGUUAAAGCUUCACCUACUUAAUCUCUGUAUGUCAGGCCACUAUCAAAGGCACAGAAACAGGCGGGGAAAUGGCUCUGUUACUACAAGUGUACCUUGGUGCUUGUGUGGGAUGGUGCUUGGUGUUGACCUGUGACUGGAAAGAGUGGGGCAAAUGCUAAGUGUGGAAAGGCCCAUAGUAUGCACGGCAAGUUCUAUAAGCAACAUUUACAGACAAGGCAGAAAACAGCAGUGCCAAUCUGCUUACUAGUCUUUAAACCGAAAAAUGUUAAAACUGCUUUCAUGUUUUUAACAAGUAGCUCUGUGUGUGUGUGUGCGCGCGCGCGCACGCACCCCCCCAAGCCAUCAAAAAACAGAAGCGAAAAAGGAAAGGAUAUUACAAUAGUUGUGGCCCUGUUGUCAGACAUCUGCUUUAGUGCUCUUGCAACUGAAAUGCAGACAGGGAUUGGAUAAUGCUGGCUCCUAAACCUAUGGAGAGGUCCCUUGUCCCUUUUCAAAAGGCGACUGAUUAAUUGCUCAUUUUGCCUGAUGACUCUCUGAGGCAGGCACUAAUGCUGACUUCAAGAGGGCAAUUCAACCCCUUUCUUCCAUCAGAGAGAGAGAGAGAGAGAGAGAGAGAGAGAGCACUAGCUCUGUCACUUCCCUUUUCAGAAUCACUCUGGGGUUUCCACUGCUCUUCUGCGACGACAAGCAUGUCAUUUUGAAGUUUGUCAAUCACAAUUUAAUCAACCAGCCGCUACAUCUGAAGCUUAACGGGUAUCAGAUCAUAAUUUGCUUGCUGAUUAUACCUCUGUGGCAAUUUGUCUCUGACUCCAUUUAAACGUUCAAUGUAAAAUGCAGCCAGGUUGUUUCCUCUUCAGCUGAUUCAAAGUGCAAGGUACUGAGAGAAUAUUAUGAAAAUGAUAUACAGGUGGUACAUGACCCCAGUCAGGCUUGCAAAAAUCUAUCAUUUGCCCGAUAAUAAAUGUUGGAAAUGUAAAGAAAUUGAAGGUACAUUCUUUCACCUUUGGUGGACAUGCCCAAAGAUUAAGGCUUUCUGGGAAAUGAUAUAUAAUGAAUUGAAAAAGGUAUUUAAAUAUACCUUCUUGAAGAAACCAGAGGCCUUCCUCCUGGGCAUUGUCGGCCAAUUGGUGUUAAAGAGGGACAGAACUUUCUUUAUGUAUGCCACAACAGCAGCAAGAAUUCUUAUUGCAAAGUAUUGGAAGACACAAGAUCUACCCACUCUGGAAGAAUGGCAGAUGAAGCUGAUGGACUAUAUGGAACUGGCGGAAAUGACUGGCAGAAUCCGAGACCAGGGAGAAGAGUCGGUGGAAGAAGAUUGGAAGAAAUUCAAAGAUUAUCUACAGAAAUAUUGUAAAAUUAAUGAAUGUUAGAAUGAUGUUCAAUAAAAACUAAGUGGUUCUUAGCUGAAAUGUUACAAGGGAAGAUGAAAAAAGGGUUUACUAUGUAAUAUGUAAAAAUCUAAAAGUACAAUAUCUUUAUGAUUAUUGAUUAGGAUAUUUAAAAGAGGGGAGGGAACUGCUGAACAGAAUAUGUGAACUGGAAUACAAAAAAGGGAGGUGCGAGGAGGUCGAGGAAACAAGUAAAUGAAGGAUAAGACAUAGAAAGACUAAUUUGUUUGUUUAACUGGUUUUAUUUUGUACUCUGUAUUUUUCCAUUUUUACAUCUUUUUUCUUUUUUUAUCUGCUUCUCUUUUUCUUUUUUCGCUCAUUUUUGUAACAUGUUGAAAUUUUAAUAAAUAUCUUUAAAAAAACAAAAAAAAAACAAAGUGCAAGGUACUAUCUGGCAAACUUACAAGAAUUUGAGAACAGAUGUGAAGUCCCCUGCCUUGGCCCCAAGGCUUCACACCCAGUGCGACCAGACCAGUCAUGCUCCCUUAAAUCCACCUCUGACAGAUCUCUAAACCAAAAAGCAGUCUCCUUUCAGAUGCAUCUUCCACAGUACCUGCCCUAGUCAAGGAUAUAUUCCACUCUUGGUUGGGUAUAAUCCCUACCCCCUGGAUAUGCACUUGCAACAACUAGGUAAUUAGGGUACCAUCUUUUUCUGACUCCUACUCAAAGGCAGGCACAGGGCAAGGUGAUCUGACAGCCACAAGCGACACUGUUUGGGUGCUAUUUAAGGGCAGAAGAGCAGGGGAAACAGUUCUGACCCAUCGGGCACAGUCCAUCAUCAUGCCAGGCUCCUGUUCAUUUCAGUGAGGCUUGUGCAGGCAUUUCCGGGUUGAAUAUACCUCAGAAAGUGACAUCCUUUUUGGUUAUUUGGCCUCACAGCUCUGAGCAGACUCAUGACCUUUCACAGCAGCCUGCUACAGUCUUUUGUCGACUGACAACUGCCAGUAAGGAGAUAUGUAUCACAUUUGAGGAAUCAUUGAAAUAGGCGCUACAGUGAUCUUUAUUUGUCAUAGUUAUGCAGUCAUUUCAUUGUGGUAGAAACCCCUGGAUCAAUACAUUUGUUCACAUUGCUAAUAUACCCUCACGAGUAAGCAUGCUCCUGUGUACAUUUGUGUUCUUGGCUGAACCCCUGAUUAACUGGGCAUCUAAGAUGACCCAAUCCUUCUCUUUAUGGUCGUCUGUCAAUUGGAUGAUGCUGACAGCAGUGCCUGUUGGAAAAUCCAGGCUUUGCUCAUAUUCAAAAGACUGCAAAGCAGAAAAGGUAUUCUCCAUCUUGGGGGGUGUCCCCCUCAUCAUUUCAAGACUUUAAGAGCAGUAAGGUUUGAGAGAUGGAGAUGGUUCUCUCACACAUCUUUUUUUACAUAUGUUACAGUGCACGGGUGCAGUUGUGGUCUGAGACUAACACCUCUUCUUUGGAACAGUUAGAAGAAAAUAUAGCAAAAGUGUGAAACCUUCAGCAGCAGAACCUAUCUCCUUCCCAAGGAAAUAAACGUUUCCAAGUCUUGAUCGUUUUUAUAACUGCCUUGUAAUUUAUGGUUUGCUUACACCAGGGGUAGGGAGCCUGCACUCCAACAACAUCUGGAGGACCACAACUCUCAUCGUCCCUGACCAUUGGGCAUGCUGGCUAUUGUGAAGGCACUCUCAUGAAUCAUUAACAUCCUCUACCACUCCACCUAAUAGAAAAUCACAGAAAGAAAU